AUGGUUAAUGAUGUUGAAGAUGACGAUUCAUGCCCAAAACCUGUUGGAAGGAGGUCUGUUUUCUAUUAUGGUGUCGGUCAUAUGCUAAACGACAUCACUUCUGCCUGUUGGUUUACUUAUCUUCUAUUGUUCCUGACAGAAAUUGGACUGUCGCCAAGGGAUGCUGCUAUAGUUAUGCUUUCAGGUCAGAUAGCUGAUGGAUUUGCUACUGUAUUUGCUGGAGAACUGAUAGACAGGUUUGGACAUUUCAAAAUAUGGCAUGGUGCGGGAUCUAUCUUGGUUGCCAUUUCAUUUUCUUCAGUUUUUGGCGGUUGCUUUCCAUGCCAAAUAUUUUCUUCCUGUUCAUCGAUAGUAGAAACUAUUUCAUACAGCACGUUUGCUGCAAUCUUCAAUAUGGGUUGGGCUGCCACACAAGUUUCACACAUGUCCAUGGUGAAUUGCAUCUCACUGAAUUCAACAAGCAGGGUGGCGAUGACAAGCUGUCGAAAUGCUUUUACCAUGGUUGCAAACCUCAGUCUUUAUGCUGUUGCAUUAAUAGUAUUCAGUACCAGUAAAGCAAAAACACAUGCUGAUAUUGAAAAUCAGUACCGUUGGAUUGCGUACACGGUAAUUUUUAUUGGAUGCUGCUUUGUGGGAAUAUUUCAUCUUGGAACUAAAGAGCCAAGAUUAAAGAUACGUGUACAUGGAACUAGUUAUGCAAGGAUAUCAUGGGCUUACUGGUUCAAGAAAGUUUUAUACUAUCAAGUCGGUCUUGUCUAUAUGCUUACCAGACUUGUACAAAAUGUUUCACAGGCAUAUCUUGCAUUCUAUGUUAUGGAUGAUCUGCGGAUGGCCAAAUCAGCUAAAGCUUUGGUCCCUGCAAUCAUCUAUAUCAGCAGCUUCUUUGUAUCUGUCACUAUGCAGGAAAUGUCAUGGACUGGACAACGCCUGAAAGCCUGCUAUUCUGCUGGUGGCAUUCUCUGGGUAUUCUGUGGUGCAAGCAUCCUCUUUUUGCCUAGAAGCAUGCGUGCUUUCAUGUAUGUCAUAUCAGUAGUUAUUGGCAUAGCGAACGCUCUAAUGACGGUAGCUGGAGUAAGCAUGCAAAGUGUUCUAGUUGGUUCAGAUCUAAAUGGCUGUGCAUUUGUUUAUGGAUCUUUGAGUUUCCUAGACAAGCUUUCAUGUGGAAUUGCUGUCUUUGUGCUUCAGUCUUUUCAAAGCACCUCACCAAGAUCGGAGCAAACCCUUUCUACAGAGUAUAUUUCAGUCACAAGAUAUGGCUUGGGUCUGCUUCCAGCUGUUUGUUCACUUGCUGGGGUGGCUAUCACAUACACUAUGAAACUCCAAACACCUUAUUCAAAUCCCUUGGUGGAACCGCUGUUGGAAUGA